AAAUGGCGGAAGGCGGGGCCGCGCCAGACGCCAGUGAGACUCUUAAAGCCACGGACGCGAAACAAAACCGUCGCCGCUGCGAGUCACCUCCCCCUACGAUUUCAUGCUUAGAGAAUCUCGAAAAACUGUGCAGGCGGCUGAGUCUAGAGCGAGAGAAAUAUUCGGAGCAAAUGUGCACGAUUGACAGACCUUCUCCAGUUGGGAUAGAAGAUAAUAGUUACGCGUGUAGCGAAGAUAAUGAAACGUUCUCGACGUCACCCAUCUCGGAAACGGAAAAUGACAUCGCAGCCGAUAAGCCUUACGCUGUGCGAAUGCCAAGGCAGAAAGAGGACAAAGAGAACUCGGGAACUAAUAUUCACCACUUGGAUAAUAUAUUCAAGGGAGAUUUAAACCAAAACAAGCCGGUAUUUGAUCAUCCUCACGCUGACGGGACGGGAUACACCUUCAAAGAAAACGGAGGACUCGCCUCCCCCAAAGAAAAUGAAAAGACAAGGGCGAGAGGGGAUACUAAGAAAACUUUAAAGUUUCAGUAUAUCGAUUCCAAAUUGGAUGAAAUAUUCAGUUCUGUCGAAGAUGAAGUUUCCCACACCACAUAUUCAAAUCUUGUAAAUCAAAUGGUGAAAGGCCAAGCAAAAAUUCAAAUGCGAAGUCACGAUGAUACAUUGUAUGCAAGUGGAAAACAAGUCCAGAAGCAGUUAAAUGAAAUUCUAAACGGAAUGGACUCCAUGUACGAGUCUUACCUAAUGAAAAGGAACUCCCUGGACCUCACACACGAGCCCAAGAAUUUUACGGAUCUUAAGUUCCCGCUUCACGAGCCUAACACUUUCCAAACAAAAGCCGCCGAGAAGAGCAGAGAAUCCAAGAGCGAGCUGGACGCCUUCAGAGACAUCAUCGACAUCUCCGAAGACCUGAAGAACCUGUGUGUGUUCCACGUCAACAAGCCUGGCUGGGACUCCGCCGCCACAGACCCCCACAGCAGGAGUCCGACGCCCCGGGAAGGAGCCGACGUCGAGACUUCCUUCCCGGACUUCUACGAGAGUGACGGCGCGACCCCGGAGGCUGAGGUGAAGGAGUUUGUCCCCGACGGCAAGCGACGGGACUCGCCCUCGCACGCCAGAGAUCCCUGUAGGAGGUCCUCGAGGGAGUGGGAAGGAGAGGCUGGUGUGGGCUCCUUCUUGGCCACUAUGAAGGAGGAGAACGUCCGCUGCUACAAAGUGACGCUGGAUUACCUGCAGAAGAUCUCAGCCUCGCAGGAAGACACGAGGGAACGCGGGAACACGGACUCGCACGGAGAUGACGUCAUCACCUUGCCAGCCAAUCAUCGACGUCAAACUGAGGAUAAGGUGAGUUCACCAGCUUGACUUGGCGCAGGUGGUAACAGCUGGUAACAAGUAUCCUUCAGGCAGAUGGUUGGAGCGGAGAAUCAGACCAGCUGGUUGUUGCAGAUGGUGUAAGAUAGUUACAAUCAUUUCCAUAGCUUUACCAAGCCCAGCUUUAAGUAUGUACCGAAAGUAAUGUUUAGAAAUAAACAUAAACAUUUAUAUUUCUACCAUUAUAUAUAUAUGCCAUUAAUAAGAAGCCAUAUUAAAGAUGAGAAUAAAAUAAAACACGAAUA